UUUUCACAAUCACAAUUUGUUUUUGAGGACUGAAACGUCAGUGCGUCACGCGUUUAAUAAAAUUUGGAAUUAUAAAUCCAUUUGAACAAACUUCAAACCUAAAGUGUUAUAUAGGUACUACAGUUCAAUGUAGGUACAUAUUGUACUUGCGUCUCAUUACUGCAGUACUCGUCGUUUCUAUGACCCUUGGGCACAUCUUAAACGCUGUUGACCUUAGAUCGGACCUGUGAUCCUAUCUAUUGAUUGUACUAUUACUAAAACUCCAAUUACCAAUGGCUAGCCGUCAGUCUGUUAGUUCAAUAUUGAAGCCACCCAAAGUAAGAGCUCCUCUAAAAGAAAUUGAAUCGGUUGAUCAAGAUGCUGAUGAAAAUACUGCAACAUUGGCAAAAAGAAAAGUGAGUUUUUCAGGGAUGAAUAAAAUAAAAAUGUACAACACAGGUGCUACAUCUUUAACUGUACACCAAGCUCCUAUGUUUGAUGAGCAAAUUUCAAUAUUAUCUGAUUCUUCCAAUGCAGAAAAACCUAAAUCAUCAGGAAAGUUUGAGAAAUCUGAUCCUCAAAUUAGUAAUGAAUCAACUAAUUGUACCAACUUAGAAGACAAUGGUCGUAUUAUUAUUGAAUAUGAAAGUCCAAAUGAUAAUAUGGAAAUGACAGAAGCACUAUCUGGUAAAAUAUUGUCAGAUACAAUUUAUACUAUUGAUAAUAAUGGUUCUGAGCAUAUUAGUUACAGUUCAGAUUAUUCAGAGAAUAAUAUGGAAUUCACAGAAGCACUAAAAGUAGGAAAAAUUUUAACUGGAGAUAAUUGUUAUGAUUCUUUAAGUUCUUCUGAAAUGUCUGAAACAUUGGUUGAUGAAAGUGUUGAUGAACCCGUUAUUCAAUUUGGGCUUAAACCUUCAACACCAUUAUCUGAUGUAGUUAUAAAAAAUCCUUUGAAUAUAAGUUCGAGUUCUAGUUGUAUGGAAUUCACCUGUGCUAAUACUAAAUCCAACCUAUUAUACAAUACUCAAUCAAGUAAUAUGGAAUUAACUGAAGAAAUUAUGCUUGAAUCUUCAAAAUCUAUUUGGUCAAAUGAUGAUUAUAAAUCAAUGAGUAUGGAGUUGACUCAAUUACCUGAUAGACAGACAUUUGAAGAUAAUUGUGAAUUGGUUUAUGAACAUAGUCAACAUUCUGUAAGUAUGGGAUCAGAUAUAUCUUGUGAAAUUCAAGAAAACCAAAACUAUGAAUUAGAAAUUGUACAAGCUGAAGAAGUAGAAAAAAAUAAUCUUAAUUCUCAAACCACUGGUUGUGUAUUGAACAAAUCUGAUAGUGAAGAAGAUCUUAUUGAAGAAUUAUCAUCGAGUAUGGUUUCAAUGGAUAUUGAUCCAACAUUAGAAGGUAAUGAACUUGAUAUUAGUUAUGUAAAUGUUGAUAACCCGCUAACAGUUGUAAAAGAACAAAGUCAUUCAAAUAUAYCUACGACAGCAGGAAUAGAAGAUAGUGAUAACUCUGAAAAAAGUGUGUUGGAGAAUUACUCAAAUGUUAUUGAUAUUAGUAAUCAAAAUAGCGAAUCUAGACUAUCUAUAUUUCCUACAAGUUCAUCAUUUGUUGUAAAUAUGUCUCCAGAAAAUAACCCAAACAAAUAUGUUGAAGUUGAAGAACUUCUACAACAAACAUUACAAUGCCAUACAUCUGUGUUAGAUCAAAAUCAAUAUCUUGAAAAUAAAUCAAUAGUUGUUGAGAAACAUCCWCCAAAAAAAUAUUCAAGGAAAACAAUGGUUCACUCAUGCGCAUUAAUUGAUCAAGACAAGUCCUUUGAGAAUGGAGAUACACCUAGAACAGUCAAUAGUAAUCAACAAAAAUAUUAUUCUAGAAAAUCAAUUGCUCCUACAACUAUUUUUUAUGAUGAUAAAUUGGAUACAUGUGUUUCACUUGAAGAAAACCAACAAGAAAAAUAUUCUGAAAAAUCAAUAUCGCCCAUGUCUCUUUCUUACCAAACUCAGCCUCUUGAAAUUGAAAAUUUAUCAGAUACAUCUGGAAUAGUCGAAAAUAAUAAAAAAAUCCUAUAUUCUAGAAAAUCAGUUGCUCCUAUAUCUGUUUUAAAUGAGGACGUAAUGGAUGAAUCUGAAAUACUUGUAAAAAACCAGCAGCAAAAGUGUUCUUUACAAUCAAUUGCCAUGCCUGUUAUUAAUCAAACUCAGUCUCUCGAAACUGAAAACUUAUCGGAUACAUCUGGAAUAGUCAAAGAAAAUCAACUAAACAAAUAUUCUAGAAAAUCAGUUGUUCCUACUUGUGUUUUUAAUGAGGACAUAUUGGAUACAUCUGAAAAAAAUGAAGAAAACCAGCAGGAAAAGUGUUCUUCUUUAGUAUCAAUUUCCAUGUCUGUGCUUAACCAAACUCAAUCUCUCAAGAUUGAAGAUGUGCCAAAUAUAUCUGUAUAUGAUCCAACUAAAUGGGCUGAAAAAUCUGACACAUCUGAGUGUAGUUCAACGCAGUCUGCUGAAAAAUGUGAAACAUCUUUAUAUAAUUCAACUCAGUCUGCUGAAAAAAAUGAAACAUCUUUAUGUAAUUCAACUCAGUCUGCUGAAAAAKAUGAAAUAUCUAUGUAUAAUACAACUCAAUCUGCUGAAAAAGAAGAAACAUCUUUAUAUGAUACAACUCAGUCUGCUGAAAUGGAAGAUUCAUCAAGCAUUGUUGAAGAAUAUAAGUUAAAAAGAUAUUCUAGAAAAUCUAUUGGUCCAACUUCUUUAAUAUUUACUCACAKUGAAUCUCUAGAUAGCAGUGUCUUAAAUAAUUCAUCGGAAAAUGCAGAAAGUACUGAACCAAAAACUGAAAAGGGAACGAGUCCUGUAAUUCCAAUAUCUGUUAAUAAUCUGUCUAUACUACAAUYAGAUUUAUCUAGCAAUGAUGAAGAAAAACUAAUUCCAUCAAACAAACACCAAUCUGUAUUGCUUAAUAUGAUUAGUGAUGAUAAUUUUAAUUCACCUUUUAGGAAAAAACAAAAAAAAUCUAUAGUACCAACACAUAUAACAAAAUCACCUAUUGAAGGUCCAUGUAUUACUAGUGAAUUGGAAAGCACUGAUGACAAUCUUUCAGAGAAUAUUGAUAACAUUAUUGAAAUGGAUGUAUCAAUGGAUAUAUCCAUUGAACAUGAAUUUAAAAACAAUAAAGAAUUUUUAGCUGUUUCAAAAGAAGGUGAAGAACUGUAUACAAAUAUUGGAAAUGAUAAUAUGAUUGAAACAAAUAGAGAAAAUAUUGUCAUUACACCUAAUGAAUUGAAAAUAUACAAAACAAAUUUAAAUGAAUUAGUUGAAGAURAUGAAAUUUUCAAAAAAAAUGAAGACAACAAAAUAAAUGACUCUAUAAAAGUAUCUGAUAAUAAUAUAAUGGUUAAUCAUAUUUUAAACCCAGACUAUCAUUCACCUAGUUUUAGUGUAGAUAAAACCAUAAAAUCAAUCGGUAUUAAAGAUAUAUCUAAUAUUUCAGUGGAUGAAACAUUUCAAAAUAAUGAAAAAUUGUGUCUAGUAAAUCGAAAGAGAAGUUACAGUAAUAGAGAUUGUGCACCUUUAUCUUGUUCAUCAUUUAUGUCAAAACCUACUAUGCAAAAUAGUAUGGAAGAAGAUUUAGACACUGAAGAUUUUAUACAACAAAGUCCUAUUAAAAAUAAUAUUUCUGACAAGAGCUUAACUAAUGAUCAAUUAGAAAUAGGUGAUGGACUUCAAGAAGGUUUUAUUAAAAAAGAAUCCAUAGAAGAAAGUUUGUGUAAUGAAGGUUUAGAAUUUUUAACAAGAUGGAAUGAGCAAUUCAUUGAAAAAAUAUUAACUCUUGAUAAGUGCACAAACAGAGAAUGGAUUUUUAAUUUAUUAGACAGUAAUAUAAUUUUUACAGUAACAUAUUCACAUAUUUCUAAUAAUGAUUCAUUUCUGAAAGUGGAGGAUAUAUCAUUUACUGCAAAGACCAGUACCAAAAAUGAAAUAAUAAAAUUUGGAAUAAAUUGGAUCUUAUCAAAAUACAACCCAAAGGUGUAUAAGCAAAUAUGUUUUACUUCCAGAGAUGUAGAACUAUUAUUAAAAUCUCUGUUAGAAGAUAUAGACUUUAUUAGUAAAGUAAUGAAAAAUAUGGCUUAUGUAAGCGAUUUACAUUGUGUAACAUUUAAAGAUAAUAAAGCUGAAUUUGUAAUACAUAACAUGAAUUGCCUAUUGAUGGUUCGUAUUGAGGUGGCAUUAUCUAAUAUUCAUAAGCUUUCUGUUAAAGAUCUGUCAGUCGAUUGUUUAUUUGGUCACUUUGAUACAAAAUUAUUGGAAGAAAUAAUGGAAAAUAUAACAAAAGAUUGUUAUGUUUUACAAUCUUUAGUAGAACAAUUAUWUAAACUCUAUUAUCAAAAAAUAAACUAAUCGGUACAAACAUUUUAGAAUAAUUAAGUAUAAUUUAAUGUAUUAAA